UGUCGCCAGUGAAAACCUUUGGCUUUUCUUCGCUGCUGGUUGGGGUACUUGGGACCACUUUAAAGCACUUAAAACAUGGCACGCCAGGUCGAACACCCGAGCGCUGGUUACAGGAAGCUGUUUGAGACAGUGGAGGAGACGGCAGAGCCUUUGCCUACGAGGAUCACAGGUGCGCUGCCCACGUGGCUGAAGGGCAGCCUAUUGCGAUGUGGCCCCGGGCUCUUCGAGGUGGCCUCCGAACCCUUCUACCACCUGUUUGACGGCCAGGCUCUCCUCCACAAGUUCGACUUCAAGAACGGAGAGGUUACCUACUACAGACGAUUUAUCAAAACAGAUGCCUAUGUCAGGGCGAUCACUGAAAAGCGAGUGGUCAUCACCGAAUUUGGAACCUUUGGCUACCCUGAUCCCUGCAAGAACAUCUUUUCCAGGUUUUUCUCCUAUUUCCAGGGUGUGGAGAUCACUGACAAUGCCCUGGUAAAUGUGUACCCCGUUGGGGAAGAUUACUACGCCUGUACUGAAACCAACUUCAUUACCAAGGUCAACCCAGAGACCCUGGAGACUGUAGAAAAGGUGGAUCUGUGUAAAUACUGCGUCAUUAACGGAGCCACAGCACACCCGCACAUCGAGACCGAUGGCACCGUCUACAAUAUUGGCAACUGUUUUGGCAAGAGAUUUGCUUUUGCCUACAACAUCAUCAAAAUCCCCCCAGCACUGCCAGAUAAACAGAAUCCUCUGAAUAAAAUUGAGGUGGUUGUACAGUUUCCGUGCAGCGACAGAUUCAAGCCUUCCUACGUCCACAGCUUCGGUCUCUGUGAGAACUAUAUCCUGUUUGUGGAGCAGCCCGUGAAAAUCAACCUGUUCAAGUUCCUCACAUCAUGGAGUCUGCGCAGCACCACCUACAUGGAUUGCUUCGAAUCCAACGAUUCCAUGGGAACGUGGUUCCACGUUGCGAACAAGAAAACGGGUGAAUAUAACAGAGUCAAGUACAGAACCUCAGCGUUCAACAUCUUCCACCACAUUAACACGUACGAGGACAACGGCUUCAUCGUUGCUGAUGUGUGCAGCUGGAAGGGGUUUGAAUUCAUAUAUAACUACCUGUGGCUCGCCAAUCUACGCAGCAACUGGGAUGAACUCAAAGCAAAUGCCAUCAAAGCUCCUCAGCCGGAGGUUCGCAGAUACGUCCUACCUCUGGACAUCAACACCGUUGAACACGGCAAGAAUCUUAUAUCUCUGAACACCACCACAGCCACGGCCACAGUCCGGUCGGACGGCACUGUUUGGCUGGAGCCUGAGAUCCUGUACUCCGGGCCCCGGCAAGCAUUCGAAUUUCCACAGAUUAACUACCAAAAGUACAGUGGGAAGGAUUACAAUUACGCCUAUGGACUGGGGCUCAACCACUUUGUGCCAGAUCGGAUCUACAAGCUGAACGUGAAGACCAAGGAACACUGGAUAUGGCAGGAGCCGGACACAUACCCUUCAGAGCCCAUUUUUGUGGCUCACCCGGACGCCAUAGAUGAAGACGAUGGAGUCUUGCUGACGUCAGUGGUUAGCCCCGGUGUGGGCCAGAAACCAGCCUUCCUCCUGAUACUUGAUGCCAAGGACCUGAGUGAGAUCGCCCGGGCCGAGGUCGACGUCCAAGUCCCAGUCACCUUCCACGGCAUGUACAAGCCCUGAGCAGGUCCCGCCAGCCUCAGCCACAGCACCGGGAAACACAGACGGGCUCAUCCUGAAUAGCAAAGUAAUAUAUUCGCAGCAACACAAAAGCAAUCAAACUAACACUGCCAGCCCUCCCUACCUGGAGUUCACAGCUCCACCUAGUCGCAACCUGUGAGUGAACCUUGUGUCUUGAAGUUUAAGACUGGCCCCGGGGGGUAAAACAGGCUUCUUGGCCCAUCCGAUCACCUCCUUCCUGAAUACCCUGUACCCUGGGGUCCUGUAGCUCAGUGGUUUGAGCCCUCGCCUCGCAAGCGA